AUGAACUUGGAAGGCAGCGGCCGUGGUGGCGAGUUCGGCAUGAGUUCCGUGAGCUGUGGUAACGGGAAACUCCGCCAGUGGCUGAUAGACCAGAUCGACAGCGGCAAGUACCCGGGGCUGGUGUGGGAGAACGAGGAGAAGAGCAUCUUCCGUAUCCCCUGGAAGCACGCGGGCAAGCAGGACUACAACCGCGAGGAGGACGCCGCGCUCUUCAAGGCUUGGGCACUAUUUAAAGGAAAGUUCCGAGAAGGCAUUGAUAAGCCAGACCCUCCUACCUGGAAGACACGUUUGCGAUGUGCUUUGAACAAGAGCAAUGAUUUUGAGGAAUUGGUUGAGAGGAGCCAACUGGAUAUCUCAGAUCCAUACAAAGUCUACAGAAUUGUUCCUGAGGGAGCCAAAAAAGGGGCAAAGCAGCUCACCUUGGAGGACCCCCAGAUGGCCAUGAGCCACUCAUACACCAUGGCAGCUCCUUAUCCUUCACUACCGUCUCAGGUUCAUAACUACAUGAUGCCACCUCAUGACCGAAGCUGGAGGGAGUAUGUCCCAGAUCAGCCACACCCAGAAAUCCCCUACCAAUGUCCUGUGACAUUUGGGCCCCGCAGCCAUCACUGGCAAGGCCCCACGUGUGAAAAUGGUUGCCAGGUAACAGGAACCUUUUAUGCUUGUGCCCCACCUGAGUCCCAGGCCCCUGGAAUCCCCAUAGAGCCAAGCAUAAGGUCUGCUGAAGCCUUGGCGCUCUCAGAUUGCCGGCUUCACAUCUGCUUGUACUACCGGGAAAUCCUGGUGAAGGAGCUAACCACUUCAAGCCCUGAAGGCUGCAGAAUCUCCCAUGGGCACACCUACGAUGCCAGCAACCUGGAUCAGGUUCUCUUCCCCUAUCCAGAAGACAGUGGCCAGAGGAAAAACAUCGAGAAACUGCUGAGCCAUCUGGAAAGGGGUGUGGUCCUCUGGAUGGCCCCUGAUGGGCUAUAUGCUAAAAGACUUUGCCAGAGCAGGAUCUACUGGGAUGGGCCCCUGGCCCUGUGCAGCGACCGGCCCAACAAGCUGGAGAGAGAUCAGACCUGCAAGCUGUUUGAUACACAGCAGUUCCUAUCAGAGCUGCAAGCAUUUGCUCAUCAUGGCCGCGCCCUCCCAAGGUUCCAGGUGACUCUGUGCUUUGGUGAGGAGUUCCCAGACCCUCAAAGGCAGAGGAAGCUCAUCACUGCUCACGUUGAACCUCUACUAGCCAGACAACUAUUUUAUUUUGCUCAACAAAACAGUGGACAUUUCCUGAGGGGCUAUGACUUACCUGAACACAUCAGCGGUCCAGAGGAUUAUCACAGAUCCAUCCGUCACUCUUCCAUUCAAGAAUGA